AGCCCUCGGCCUGGGAAGCGUGGGGCCCGCCGGGGCGCGGUGCCCAGCCGGGCCACCAGCCGUGUCACCUUCCCUGGCUGCCAUGAGGAAGCGGGCGCGUCCCAUCGCACCCCUGCCAAGGGAUCUCAUCCAGGACUUGUGGAACAAAAAGGGCUCUGGAAACCGGACACCGCGGAAGCGUUUCGGUGACGGAGCGCACGGAGGGCGAGGCCACCGCCGCGACCCACGGGCGAAGUCCACCCCGCAGCGCGGAGAACCCGGGCGGGGGGAACGCCGGGGGCCCGGGAGGGGUUCGGGAGGGGCCCGGGAGGGGCCCGGACCCGCCGGGGCACGCCGGGGAUGCCCGCUCCGCAUCCCGCGCACCUGCGGCCGCCGUCCCGGCGGGUGCGGGAAAGUUGCGGGGCCCCUCCCGGGCUGGGAAGCAGCCCCCCCCGAGGGCAGGUGGAGCACGGAGAGGCACCCGCAGAGCCCCCCGCGCCCCUCCCCGCUCACCUUGGUGUAG